AUGCUGGGCUAUCCUGGACUAUCCUGGACUAUGCUGGGCUAUGCUGGGCUAUGCUGGACUAUGCUAGACUAUGCUGGACUAUGCUGGGCUAUGCUGGGCUAUGCUGGACUAUGCUGGACUAUGCUAGACUAUGCUGGGCUAUGCUGGGCUAUGCUGGGCUAUCCUGGACUAUCCUGGACUAUGCUGGGCUAUGCUGGGCUAUGCUGGACUAUGCUGGACUAUGCUAGACUAUGCUGGACUAUGCUGGACUAUGCUGGACUAUGCUGGACUAUGCUAGACUAUGCUGGACUAUCCGCUACCACCAACAAAGUGAGUUCUGAACAAGCGGCCCUUCUGCAACUCCAAGAGGAACGACUCAAGAUUCGAGAAGAGAAACUCGCCGAUGACAUGACGGCUCUCCGUACAGAACAGCUCAAAGUGCACGAGCUGAACUUGAGUCUGAAGGAUCUUGUGAAAAAUCAGCAGGACGAGAAUGAGAGGGAAAAAUGGCGAACAAAAGAGGAGUGGAACCGGUUGAAAGUGGAGAAGCAGAUUUUCAAGGAGAAUCAGGACAGGAUUAUUGGGAAUAUUGAGAAGGAGAAGCAGCAGUUGGCGGAGGAGUUGAGAGCAUUCCGUAAGAAUCAAAACGACCUACUAUUCCGUGUGAGCACUGAACGAGAGCUGCUCGAACAGGAGAGAAAUGAGUUUUUGGCAAAACGUGACCAAGAUAUCAAGCGGAUCAAGUCGGAGGCGUAUGAGCUUGAUAUCAAGUCACAGCAGGUGACGACAGCGGAUCAACAUGUGGCCGAGAUGAAAUUGAUCACGGAGACUAAAUAUCGACAGCUCCAACACCUCGAAACCCUCCUCACCGCCGAGUGCUCAGAGAUAGAGCGGAUUCGAAAUGAGCAGAAGAUCAGUGGCAUGGCUCACUCGACGAUGCACCUGAAUCUUGGCGAUUCUGGACGGCGGCCACGGAGAAGUCGUGAGGAGGAACUAUUCGGCGGCGGAAGCUCGUCGAAUCAGAAUACCCAACGGCGGUCGGAAAGUGUGAGGGCCUCGUUGAAGAAGCACUAUGAGCAUUUGGAGAAGUAUGCCGGCCAGAAGGUGGCCACCGUGGCGCCUCAAAAUAAUUGA